AUGGAAAGGACGUGGGUGUGCGAGUCAUGUCGUGAACAAGACUCAACGCGCGAGAAGACUGGCGAGCCUGUGACGCAAAAGUUCUCUUCACAGGAAGGCCUGGUACAGCAUAUAACGCAUCAUCACUUGGCGAAAAAAAUCGAACAUGGUCGGACGGUUUUCACUUGCACAUACGGUCCCUCAGGAGUAUGUAACAAGAUGAAUACACUUCAUCCUCACUCGCAUAAGCCAGCGACUUUCGAUUCUGAAUACGACUACGAACGUCAUCUUGUUACGAAACACAUUAUCGGCAAUACGAAAUUGUCGGCUCCAACACGGCAUGCAUGGAUGCAGUAUGAUUCUGUUGUUAACAUGGCAGCCGUUCUCAAUGAUCCAUCCGACCGUCAAUUGGAUAUAUUCUCUCGUUACUGGGGCGAUGCAUUUGAACGUGCGCCUGUACCGCCUCUGCAUAUACCCGCGAUUAAUGAAGACCAGUUUCUCCCUUACCUGAAACUGUUGGCCAAACGGACGAUUCCUGCUGCUGCCUCACGUUCUCCUGGAAAUUUAUCUUCCCAACCAAAUUCACUAGAGUUGGAGUCAGCUAAAGUCUACUGCUCGGCGAAUUUUAAUUUAUCCUCCCCGGAGACGUUCAACAGCGUCAUCCCCCUGUAUCGGCGCAGGCUGUGCCCAAAUCUGAUCGGGAUUUUUGCCCAACAGAGCGAUCAACUUUCCCAAUGCCUCGAUGCUGUCGAAUUGGCUAUCGUCAGCCAUGUGUCCGAGCGUUCCCCAGCCUUUUUUGAAGCUGUACGUGCACACGACGUGAUAAAGGAUCAACUGAGUCAAACCAUCUCUCGGCUCAAUGCCGUGCGGACACGACUGGAGGAGGUGGACGCAAUAUACUGUCGUGGGGCCGGACAAAUUGCCAGAUUGGCUCGUCGGCGAAGGAAUCUGAAGAUGCUUCUUGCGAAGUUAAAAGUGAUCUCUUCCGUACACGCUGCUCAGCCCACAAUCCAAUCUCUCCUUAAGUCGAACGACUUCUGCUCCGCCCUUGAUUUAAUCACCAACACCCGCGAAUCCCUCCUUGCUAUCAAUAAUGCUGGUACUUGCGAUAGUAAUGGUGGUGUCGUCUGUUUACGUCAUCUGGACGCCCAGUUGACGGAGAUUGCCAAAUUCAUCAACGCCAUGGUCGGUACUGAAUUUGUGUCUGCGUUGCGCUCCUUCCUCACUUCGCCUCCCAAUGAGGCUGUUGACGCUGGCGUCUCUGAGGUGCUUCUUCCGAUCGUUUUGGGUCUAAUUAGGAUUGGACAGACGGGCUUCGUCUCGACCGUCGAGAAAGAGGUCCAAAAAGCCCUUAACGAUACCUUGAAAAGCUUUCGCGGAAUUCUCCAACCCGGUGAAAAUGGCCAUACUCAAGAAAGCACCAGAAGUCUUUCGGUCGAUUCUAUAGAAAAGGAGCCUUUGGGCGUUUGGUUGAACAAUCUACGGACCGUCUGCCUUGCCGUCGAACAGGUUCUACUUCGUGUGAAGACGGUAGUUGAGUCAAUCGCCUCGGCAGUGAUGGAACAGGGUGAGCAAUUACGUCGCAUUUACUGGAAAUCUGCGGAACGAUCGCAAAUUGAGAUUGCAACUCUCAUAACCACCCACUUUCGUCAAAUUCGCGUGCAGAAUCGACCAGUCUCUGCCUCCGAGGAUUUUGUUGCAUUUGCUGAACUCAUUGAAGACUUCCACGAAAGAGCUAUUGCUUCUGCCUGGCACUGUUAUCGGCCCGAUCUGCCACUAACAAGCAAAUCGACAGUGCUGCGAAAUCUAGUGGCAACAGAGGCUGCUCUACUGAUCCAGAGCUUCCACGAAGACCGUUGCAAAACGCUGAAGCAGAAAUUGGAUCAGGAAACAUGGUGUCCAGCUGAAAAGGGUCUCGAUCCUUCACUUUCUGGUCUUUUGAGUCACCUGGUUAUUUGCCAUGAGCUGAGGAAGUCGAAGGUGGAUGAAAAGGCGCAUGCUGCUACUGCUGGCACCAAACUGGUGCUUCGGGAAGAGACUUACGUUGUUGUGGAAACGAUAUUCACCGUCAUUCCCCUCCUCCUGGAUUACUUACGAUUCAGCGAACGGCUAGCAUCCUGGCCCAGCCUCUUUCGCGAUAUUCAAGUGAAUUUGGCCAAUUUCCUUACUCUUUUCAACGCCAAAAGCUGUGAAUUAGUGUUAGGCGCAGGAGCUUGCCAAAGCAUAGGUUUGAAGAAAAUCUCGGCUCGGAAUAUGGCUCUCGUCGUACGCAGCCUGGAAUAUGUACUUGAAUUGAUUCCAAUAGUACGAAUAUUUUUCGAACGAAUCCAAUUCAAAUCGCUUCAGGGAAAGGUAGGUGAACCGAAUACAUCAACGAAGAGGACAGAAGCUUCGCGCUUGUCAGAUCCUUUUCUGGCCGUGGAACAGGCUAUUCGAUCUAACAUUUCCAAGGUGAUGGAUAAGCUUACCAAUUUGCUGGCCGCUCGUAUCGCCAGGCAUAUGCAGUCAUGGAAGCCGCAACCACCGAAUCCCACCGCUGAAAUGCGAUCAGUUUUCCAGUCCAUAUCCAAACUCACCGAAUCCACUGGUGUCAUACUCUCUUCUGACAUGCUCACUAAUCUACUUCUUCGGGUUCACAUUGAAUUUAAAGCUUCUCUACGGAAACGGUUGACGGAUCUUGCAUUAUUCCCUGAUGGGGGUCCGAAACAGGGUUUGGUUAACUCGGAGUUGGUUAUCUACAUGACAUUUUUGUGCGGUCUGACACCGACUCUGGCGCAAUUCACGGAUGAGUGUGAUGAUAUUUGGCCAUCUCGCACAGGAACAGACGACUAA